AUGACUGCACAUAAUCAUACCGAAUGCGAGACUACAUACAGUGGAAAAUCAUAUCUCAACAAUGAACAAAUCAUUUCCUUAAUCACACUGAAUGUUACUGUCAUGAUUUUAAAUCUUAUUUUCAACAGUGCUGUCAUCUAUGGUCUGAUUGCCACAAAACAAGUUAAAAACUACUCUUUAAAACUCAUUUUAUAUUUGAGUAUAAAUGAUUGUUGCCUGGCAUUAAUAACACAAACUCUCUUUACAGUAAUGCUUGUAAAGUUUGAAGAUAAAUCACAUUGUGAUUUUGAAACUAUUGUUCAAUUUUUUGCCAUCUUUUUUACGCAUAUAUCUGCUUAUAUAAUUGCAUUGAUUGGUUUUGAUCGAUAUAUCCAUAUGCGAUAUCUUAAUCGAUAUGCUCAAGUGAUAACAAACACACGAGUAAUGAUAAUGCUCACAGCAGUUGUGUUGCUGUCACUAACGCAAGCAACGGUCUAUGUACUUGGAACGCAGUUAAAUUUUCUUUCAAAGGCAAAACGAAUUAUCGUUGGUAUUGAUGCAGUCAUUGCAAUCAGUGUCUUCACUGCUUAUAUUAUGACAGUGAGGGUUGUAAAGGGACAUUCUAAACGCACUGAAUGUAGAGAUAUGUUAAAAGCCGUUGACACUACUGUUACACGUACAGCGUCAAGAAUACUGACAGCUAUUGUCAUAUUCUAUAUUCCUUACAUCAUCGUCUCGUUCACACAUGCGGCUGUUAGUGAAAAGUGGGAUGGAAAUAAGAAACAAUGGCUUGAGUAUGCAUUAUUACUUAGUUUUGUAUUAACCUAUUGUAAUUCUUUUGUAAACGCAAUUAUUUUUUUGAGCUUGAACAAGAAGGUGAGGAAAUACGUUGCAAAUCCAGUAAUGAGAAGAUCGCAGGAAAUCACAGCAACAGCCAAAGAAAAUACAAGCACUGAAAUCACGCAAAUGUAA